AUGUAUGUUUCAUCAGGUAUUCCAGAGUGGAGGAAAUUGGUAACUCAACGGAAGAGUGGGAAAACGAAAGGAAAAAUGGAUGUCUGUAUUAUCAGUCCAGAGGGAAGAAAAUUUCGUUCGCGCGCUGAGCUGCAGAGGUACCUUUCACGUACAACUGAGGAAAGUCACCCCUCGAUCGAAGAUUUUGAUUUCCGAGUUCCUAAUUCUCUUGCAGUUUCAGAUAUCGAUCGUAUUUCAAGCGGGUUCAAUGAUCUAGCAGAGGCGAUGAAGCGGGAAACACCACAAGAUGAAGUAGGAAACAAACACGUAUUCACCCUACAGAGGACUUUGAAUCCUCAAAAGACUUCUCCGUAUUUUCUAAAAGCUAACAGUUUGCGAAAAGAACUAGAACAACAUCGCAAUUUAAAACGACGGUUACGAAGCGAGUCUGUCCCUGAAAAUCGUUUUAGAGUCACACAUAAUAAAAGAGUUAGAAAGUCGAAGACAGACGAAAGUAGAAAGUUCAUAUUCAAUAAACGGAAAGAGGCGCGAAAACAAGCAGCUGAUGGUUUCAAAUAUCGUAAGAUCUCAAGUAAAAGAAAAGUGAGAAACUCGAACACUUUGAAGUUAACCAAGAUGAUUGGUACUGAUGAAAAUACAAAUUGUGACAAUCAAACAGGAAGUGAAAUUACAGCUACUACUGUUUCGAGUCACUACUUCAAAUCAAGUGAUCCAGUCUUCAAAAAUUCAAAAUUUGUAUCCAAGUGGAUCCCUCCUAAAUCUCCGUUCAAUUUGAUUCAAGAGAGCCUUUUCCAUGACCCAUGGAAACUGCUUGUUGCAACUAUAUUUCUAAACAGAACAUCAGGAAGGAAAGCUAUUCCAGUCAUGUGGGAUUUUUUUAAGAAAUAUCCUGAUCCCGAAGUUACAAAAAUAGCGGAUUGGAAAAGAAUUGCGGGUAAGUUUUAGAUAUACUUUGGCUCAAAUGGGAUGAUUUCUAGGAGCAAACACGAUGGGCAUUCCAAUGGAAGCAUUUCAGAAGCAGGCUCAUAAUUUGGAGGUUUCAAAUCAAUAAAAGAGCACCAUCGGUCAGUUACCCUCUUGGGUGUGCUUUUACAGCCCCAGGGAAAAUUUGUGCUUUUCCUUGAUGUUGUGUUGUCUUAUUUUUCUGCUCGAAAAUAAUUCCUAAGAGUCAAAUACGGUAUCAUUUCACAUCCAGUCCACCCUUUCUAAUUUCUAAUUUAGGAAUCAACUCUCAAUUUGUCCAUGUUGACCAAACCCUGGAAAAUCAUUGUUUACCCUCUCUUUUGUACUAAAUUAUUAUUGAUCUACCUUUCCAGAUAUGCAAUAUUCCUUUCUAAAACUUACUGAAAGCUCUGUAGAGAGUGUGCCCUGUUUUUGAAAAGAACCUCUCUGAUCAAUGAAAAUUAUUGUCUAUGACAUGGUGGCUGAAAUAGUUAGCAUGCCAAAUUACAGGUCAAACUAUCAGGGUUCAAGUCAUAGAUAGUUAUGUGCUGUUCUUGGGUGAGAUAGUUCAUUACCAUGGUGCCUCUCUCCACCCAGAAAUAUGUAAGGCAGAAUAUGUUUGUUUCAAAGGUGAUAAUGAAGAAAUGUAAAAUGGUUUCCGUGUUUACAUAGCCUGAUGUAAACACGCGGGAGGUUGGGAGAACACUCGAUAAGCGUAGGAAACCACGACACGAAGUGGAGCGGUUUCCAGCUUAUCAAGUGUUCUCCCAACCUCCCAAGUGUUUACAUCAGGCUAUGUAAACACGGAAACCAUUUUACAUUUCUUUUAUAAAAUAACUAAUGAAAGAGGGACAAAAACCGUGUUUGCAUACGCUCAUGUAAAAUGGUUUUAUGGCCAAUCAGAGCGCACAUACUAUUCUAAUUAUUUUAUAAUGCACAAGUAAAACAUUAAGACACAAUAAUUUCACUUCAAGUCAUGGAAUUUUCCUUACUUUACCAGAGCUCCUCCAGCCAUUGGGUCUACAUGAAAAAAGAGCCAAAAUCAUCAUAAGAUUUUCAGAGGAAUUCCUUACUAAAGACUGGACUUACCCAAUUGAGUUGUAUGGCAUUGGAAAAUAUGGAGAUGAUUCAUAUAGAAUAUUUUGCCUUGGUGACUGGAAGAGUGUUACCCCUAAUGACCGUAAACUCAACUUUUAUCACAAAUGGCUUUUGGAGCAAGAUAAAGAAGGAUUUUGAAUAUCAAAAACUUCAUCAACAUGUUAUGUACUAAGGUAGUACUUUUAUUGAAACUAAAUAACAGUUGCAAACCUUGCAAAGAUUAUCUGUCAAUUUUUCGGGUAUUUCUUUUCUGGAAAAUGAUGCAAAGUAUUUAUAAAAUAUGCCAGAUAAAGGCUCUACGUCUGAAUUAUUAAUAAAAAUAUUUUCUGUGUUGUGGACCCAGAAUUCACCAAUCUCACAUGUCUACUAAAUACCCUGAAAACUCUUUUAAUGCAAAGAGAGAAUUCUUUAAGUAAAUGCAGACCCUUGCAUAAAUGCAGUGUUAUUGUUGUUUUGGUUCCAGAUUGGAUUUUCACACUUCCACUCUGUCCACCCUGAAGGAUCAUUACCUGUGAUUGUAAAUUGCACACAAUUUUUUUUGCUUUCAACAGAUAAUGGCUAGUGGGAGCUUUGACUGGACAAGUGAAACAUGCUGAAAGGG